AUGCCCCGCGAGACGGCGCUCGGCGCCCUGGUGCCACUGCUGCUGCUGCUGCCGCUGCCCCGCGGUGCCGUUGCCGGUGCAGGUCCCGGUGCCCGCGGGUUCGGGGAGCGCGCGGACGUCGCCCCGGGCUCCUGGGCUCUGGAAGGCGAGGAGGACGCGGGGCAGCAGCUGGAGACUUACCACGAUCCUUGCAAAGCCGCUGUCUUCUGGGGGGACAUUGCUCUGGAUGAAGAAGACCUGAAGUUAUUUCACAUUGACAAGGCUGGAGAUUGGGCCAAACCAUCCAUGAAGGAGAUGGGACACAGCACUGGGGGGCUUGAAGAGCAGCUGUCAGAAAGUUGGCCAAAUGCAACAGUCUCCAAUGCCAGCAGUCAGUCCACUGGAACAGAUGGUAAGGAAGACACCAUGCUUCUGCAUGGUCCUGGGUCCUUGGAUGCCACAGCCAAGACCUUCUCUGCCCGGGUCCGAAGAGCUACAACUUCACGGACAGAGAGGAUAUGGCCUGGAGGGGUCAUUCCCUAUGUCAUUGGAGGGAACUUCACUGGCAGCCAGAGGGCCAUUUUUAAGCAGGCCAUGAGACACUGGGAGAAGCACACCUGUGUGACCUUCAUCGAGAGGACCGACGAGGAAAGCUUCAUUGUGUUCAGUUACAGGACCUGCGGCUGUUGCUCCUACGUUGGGCGCCGAGGAGGGGGUCCACAGGCCAUAUCUAUUGGGAAAAACUGUGACAAAUUUGGCAUUGUGGCUCAUGAGCUGGGCCAUGUGGUUGGAUUCUGGCAUGAACACACCCGGCCAGACAGAGACCAACACGUCACCAUAAUCAGAGAAAACAUCCAGCCAGGUCAGGAGUAUAAUUUCCUGAAAAUGGAAGCCGGUGAGGUGAGCUCUCUGGGAGAGACCUACGACUUCGACAGCAUCAUGCACUACGCCCGGAACACCUUCUCCAGAGGAGUUUUCUUAGACACCAUCCUACCCCGCCGAGACGACAAUGGUGUCAGGCCAACCAUCGGCCAGCGCGUGCGGCUCAGUCAGGGGGACAUUGCUCAAGCCAGGAAGCUGUACAAAUGUCCAGCAUGUGGAGAGACCCUGCAGGACUCAACAGGAAACUUUUCUGCACCUGGUUUCCCAAAUGGCUACCCUUCUUACUCCCACUGUGUCUGGAGGAUCUCGGUCACUCCUGGGGAAAAGAUCAUCCUAAAUUUCACAUCCAUGGAUUUGUUUAAGAGCCGCCUGUGCUGGUACGAUUACGUGGAGGUCCGGGAUGGUUACUGGAGAAAGGCCCCCCUGUUGGGGAGGUUUUGCGGGGAGAAAGUCCCAGAGCCGCUCACCUCCUCCGACAGCCGGCUCUGGGUGGAGUUCCGCAGCAGCAGCAGCAGCCUGGGCAGGGGCUUCUUCGCCGUCUACGAAGCUACGUGUGGAGGAGACAUUUCCAAAGACUCGGGUCAGAUUCAAUCUCCCAACUACCCAGAUGACUACAGGCCUUCCAAGGAAUGUGUGUGGAGGAUCACAGUGGCAGAUGGGUUUCACGUGGGACUUUCCUUCCAAGCCUUUGAGAUUGAAAGGCACGACAGCUGCGCGUAUGACUACCUGGAGAUCCGCGAUGGCUCCACGGAGGAGAGCGCCCUGAUAGGCCACUUCUGCGGCUAUGAGAAGCCAGAGGCUGUGAAAUCUAGCGCCAACAAGCUGUGGGUGAAGUUUGUGUCCGAUGGCUCUAUCAACAAAGCAGGCUUCGUGGCCAAUUUUUUCAAGGAGGUGGAUGAGUGCUCCUGGCCGGACCAUGGCGGGUGUGAGCAGCGCUGUGUGAACACACUCGGCAGCUACACGUGUGCAUGUGACCCUGGCUAUGAGCUGGCUGCCGACAAGAAGACAUGUGAAGUGGCCUGUGGCGGAUUCAUCACCAAGCUGAACGGAACCAUCACCAGCCCUGGGUGGCCAAAGGAGUACCCCCCAAGCAAGAACUGUGUCUGGCAGGUGGUGGCCCCCAUGCAGUACCGCAUCUCCCUGCAGUUCGAAGCAUUUGAGCUGGAAGGCAAUGACGUCUGUAAGUAUGACUUUGUGGAGGUGCGCAGUGGCCUGUCCCCUGACGCCAGACUGCACGGCAAGUUCUGUGGCUCCGAAACACCGGAGGUCAUCACGUCCCAGAGCAACAACAUGCGCGUGGAGUUCAAGUCGGACAACACGGUCUCCAAACGCGGCUUCAAGGCCCACUUCUUCUCAGACAAGGACGAGUGUGCCCAGGACAAUGGAGGCUGCCAGCACGAGUGUGUCAACACGUUCGGGAGCUACCUGUGCAGGUGCAGGAAUGGGUACCGGCUGCAUGAAAAUGGGCACGACUGCAAAGAGGCUGGUUGUGCCCACAAGAUCAGCAGUGCCGAGGGGAUUCUGGCGAGCCCCAACUGGCCAGACAAGUACCCCAGCCGGAGAGAGUGCACCUGGAACAUUUCUUCAACCGCAGGCCACAGGGUGAAACUUACAUUCAAUGAUUUUGAGAUCGAGCAACACCAGGAAUGUGCCUAUGAUCACUUGGAAGUAUAUGAUGGGGCCGACAGUUUGGCCUCCAUCCUUGGCCGCUUCUGUGGCAGCAAGAAACCAGACCCUGUGGUGGCAUCUGGGAGCAGCCUGUUUCUCAAGUUCUACUCAGAUGCCUCAGUGCAGAGGAAAGGCUUCCAGGCUGUGCACAGCACAGAGUGUGGGGGCAGGCUGAAGGCUGAAGUGCAGACCAGAGAACUCUAUUCCCAUGCCCAGUUUGGGGACAACAACUAUCCAAGCCAGGCCCACUGCGACUGGGUGAUAGUGGCGGAGGACGGCUAUGGCGUGGAGCUGAUAUUCCGGACCUUCGAAGUCGAGGAGGAAGCCGGCUGCGGCUAUGACUACAUGGAGGCCUUCGAUGGCUACGACAGCUCAGCGCCCAGGCUGGGCCGCUUCUGUGGCUCAGGGCCACUAGAAGAAAUCUACUCUGCAGGGGAUUCCCUGAUGAUUCGCUUCCACACGGAUGACACCAUCAACAAGAAAGGCUUCCACGCCCGAUACACCAGCACCAAGUUCCAAGAUGCCCUCCAUAUGAAAAAGUAGCAUUGACAUUCUUGAAAGCCAAGGACAGAAGAUUUUUUUUUAUGGCACUUUGUGAUUCAGCCCCCCAAACAGUGUACAGUAUUUUUCUCAACAACAAAACUCAAAAUCCAUUCUUGAAAGCAUAUAUUUGGAUGAAAGAACAUGUCUUUGGCCAACAGGAGGAGAGAAAAUGCCCCUCGAUUCUGGCUGCAAGGUUAUCAACCAGCGCUUCUAAUGAAGGUUAGAGUUUGAAGUCAUGACCAAGCCAUGCUUGCUCAUACUUGUUUUCUGACUCCUGCUCCUGUGGGGCAAGAGGGCAACCUGCAGAUUGUUCCUGCCUCUGCUCUGGACUCGCUUCCAUAGGUGCCAGGCAGCGGGAGUAUAUCCUGAAGGCUCAGGCCACCUGUAUCUAUGCUGGGCAUUGAGGAUAAAGGCUCGGCUCUCACUGAUUUGUAUAGGAUUGGCUAGAAAUUUCUACUUUCCUCUGCCAGGGAUAUAUCAACUAGGAAACCUGAGAAUAUGGAUGUAAGGAGUCAAAGAGGCAUCGCAGAGCACAGAGAAGGAGCUCCGAGCCUGAGAGUCAGUGUCCUGAAGUUGGAAGACCUGAAGACUUUCCUCUGUGCCCCUGGUCAGCCUCGCCUCCCUUGGGGUGCUCCAUUCCCUAAUUGCAUUCAGGGGAAUCUGGGGUAUUCUCCAGUGGAACCCUCGCUGAGGAGACCCCCCCUGGUUGCUGAAACAAAGACAUCCUGGCUCAUCCUGAUAUUCCUGUGCCCGCCGACCUUGUGAAGAUGCCACCAGUGCUUUGGGGUUCCACUGGUCUUGAGCCUCUAGCUGUGGAGAUGCAGCCUUGACCACCAAUGCAAAAUGUGCCUGCAAGAAGUGCAGUGAUACCUCAGGGGAGACCAGCUCAGGUCCCCGUGGGGUGAACAUUUCUAAAAACUGGUCAUUCCAAGAUACAUAAAAACCAUCACCUUGUGGAACAAGUCACCUUCUCUGGCUAACUUCCUGUGACCCAGAAGUCAAAGGCUAUGUUGAAAACUUGGUUCCGGUUCACGAGUUCUCAGUCGCCACCUUGCAGCCAGCUCCCACCGCUUUGGCACUUGUUCUAGAGCAGUGUAGAAUGAAGUUUACAUAAUUUUAGCACCUCAAGGUAUUAUUUAAGCAGUGAGGUCAUUUUGAAUGGCAUUUCAUUAAGGCAUCUAUGGGCAUUAUAAGCUAAAAGCUGUGGUAUGUUAGCUUUAAAAGAGUAUUUAUGUUGGAGUAAUUUUAAAACAAUGUUUACAUAACCGCAAGUCCUGUUUGGUUGGUGUUGAGCACAGGGCGGCAAACGAGCGUGUUUCCAAUGGGAGAAAUUUCCUGAACAGCAGAAUUCCUUUGGGAUGAACCAUCUUUUUAAACAAGGUGUUUGUACAGAGCUGAAAGUUCCAUUUUCUCAAGAUCAGAACAAGCCGCCGGACAAUGAUGUCCAACUGAAAUGAUUGCUGGGAGUAAAAACUAGAAUGAUACAAAGAAGGAUAAAAGAACUGCAUGGGGAUAUUUUUUCCUUACAUUAGAAAAAAAAUUUAAGUAUUAUUAUUAAUAAUAUAUGUCUGUAUAUAUGUGUGUAUGUAUGUAGAGGAUCAGCUGUCGAAGCCUUAAUCAGCACAGUGUGAAAACUAACAACCCACUGGCUAUGGUUUUCCGGCGCAGGCCUCUGGUGCUGGCCCUAUGUAUUGUUUCUCUCCUUUCAUCAAGCUCUCUUCUGGCUUCUCUAGGCUUUUCUCAGCCUCUGACCUCAUGUCUGGCACAUGCACCUGGGGUGAGCUUUACAUGGAAAAGGGAGCAGAUUAUCCCCUAAUUCCAAUAGAUCUUACUUGUGGUGGACUUUCUGAAUUUCUUUGUGUGUGUGUGUGUGUGUUUUCUGAAGUUUUAUUUUUGUCACAUCUGCCAAAGUUGAAAUCAAAAUAGAGAUGUAUAAGAUAGUUAACUCUUAAGGGUCUCUCUCUCCAAGUAGAUGGAGAGUCUGUGUUUUUAACUUCUAGAAGUCUAAAUGAGAUGGACAAGUACCAUGGAAGCAUGGGAGGUUAGGGAGACAUGGAGUUGGUUCAGGCAUUCCUCACCCUCGUGACACUCAUUGGUGUGAACAUGUUCAGAAGCACACAGCUUUAACAGCUGUCACCAUGUGACCAACUAACAACAACAAGGCCCUUAUGAAAGCCUUUAUUUAGGCCUGUGAGUGACAUAUUCCCAGAAGACAGGCUCUGAUUCAGCCUCUCCCCUGCACCACACAGGUCCUACAGACAGCCCCAGGGUGGCUCAAGACAAAGUCCACUCAGCAGAAAUGCCCAUGUUCCCUCCAUGCUCUUCCAACUGCUGAGUGACCUGUCUGAAGAUGUCCCCAGACAUGGAUGGAUAAGGAGCUAGAGGACAGUCCUCCAGCUUGCUUGGUCCUGUAGCUGGGCACCAGGCCUUGGGGCUGUCACAGAACUCCGAGACUAGAUAAUUAUCUUUGGACAAAUGACCUAAUGAAGUGUUUGAAGUCUGGGUCUCCUGCCUGCUCUCAUUUUUCUGUGCUCUGAGCUAGCAAAAGCUAGAACCUUCUUUUCCCAGGGCACAGAAGGCCCUGCUACUAGCUUUAGGCAGAAUUUCUCCAGAUAGAUGAGGUGAGGUUUUUGCAUUGGUUAACUGCUUUCUAUUGUCCUCUGAAGUUCCCUUCUAU